CUUCUUCAGGAGCAAUCUUUAUUGUUUAGAUUAAUGACAGUGUCGAGAAAGAAGAAAAUUAAAAGUUUCUAAGCUCUUUUCCCACAUUUUAAUGUUCAGAAAUAAUUUAAUAAUAGUUGAUAAAAAUCCUGUGAGCGUUGACAGUUCAGGCAGUAAGAAUUUUGGAAAUGGAAAUAAUGCAGAUAGAGAGAUCAUGAAUGGUCAUCAUGGACGCACAGAAAGUGAGGAUCAAAAGGAAUGAAGCACAGGGUUCAUUCAUAAUAAGAAUUUUAAAGCAGCAGAGUCUUUAUCAAACACGAUUUUGGCAAAAUAAAUUAGAUAAAGAGAGACCUCAAUAUUAUGGAGGAGAUGAGUCUUAUGAGUCUCAAGACAAUCAUUUUGAUAUAGAUAACCUUCCUGAACACCCCAAGAGGGGUCAUUGAGCACACCAGAACUGAAAUACUCCAGAGAAUGAGGGAGGAGAAUCAAUGAAUUAUUAUAUCUCAAUGACUGAAGAAGAACUGGAGAGUCACGGAAUAACUGGCUGCAGGAAGAAAUUAGCAGUAUUUUUGCAAGAUUUGGGGGUUGGCUAUAUCUCCUCCUCUAUUAUCAUUCUUUACGCUCUAUAUAUUCUUGUGUGGCUAGCAAUAGAAUCUGAGUUUUAUGAGAGCAACACAACUGUUGUAGUUCUAGAAAUUAUUGAGUUAGUUACCUUAUGAAUAUUUUCAUUAGAGAUAUUUAGCUUUUUACUCUCAUUUGGCCUAAAAUUGUAUUUUAAAGAUCUUUUGAACCUAUGAGAAAUAAUGGUAGUUAUUGCACUAAUCACCGCAAUCGUUCUCGACCUCGUUGAUAGGGAUGACUUCAGAGUAAAGGGUCUCUUUAGAUGAUUGAGAGUUACAUUGGUAUUCCUCAGACUUCGAAUAAUGAUAGUAUUUUAUUUUGGUAGAAGAAAAACUAAUUCAAAGAUCGGAGCUAUUUCAAACGUUGAUAAAAUAAAAGACAUUCUGAAAAGUCUCAAAAGAAGAGUUGAGAACCCUGAGCAUAAAUCAGAGAUAACUUUCUGCUUAAGAAUGCUUACCUCAGAAGAACCCCAAAGUCCUAGUGAUAACAAUAUUCCUAACGAAAAUAUGAAGAAAGUUGAAAACAAACAGGAUUCUCUAUCAUGGGCAAGGAAUAACUCUUUAAAAAUGAAUAGCGCAAGAGGUUUACUGGAGAAAAGGAGAAAUUUCAAAGAUAGGCUUUCCAAUUCUAAAAUUAUGAAGGAAAUUGGAAUCAAUUCUAAAGUUAAAGACAUCUUAAGAGAUGUCGAUCAACUUUCCUUUGAUAUUUUUGCAUUAAGCCGAGAAACUAGUGGUAAUGAAAUGGUGGUUUGAUCAACUUAUAUCAUGGAAAAACACAACCUUUUUGAGGAGUGAAUGAUCGAUCCCAAAACAUUUUGAAGAUUCAUCUCGAGCAUCCAGUCAGGAUAUCAUGAUAUUGCCUAUCAUAACAAGAUUCAUGGAAUGGAUGUUGGAAGACUCGCAUAUUAUUACUGAACUAAUUGAGACUUGAUGUCCAAAGCUCAACUUGAAGUAUCUGAUUUAGCAGCUUUGGUAAUUGGUGGAUCUAUUCAUGAUUUUGAACAUCUGGGAUGGAAUAAUGCUUACUUGAUUGAAACACAGCAUGAUUGGGCAGUUACUUACAAUGAUAUAUCUGUUUGAGAGAAUCAUCACGUAGCUGCAGCUUACGACCUUAUUCAAAAUAAGCCAGGGUGAAAUAUUUUUGAGAACAUGAACCUCGAAGAUUUUAAGAACUGGAGGAAGAUGAUUACCAAGAUGAUAAUAGCAACAGAUAUGGCCUUACACUUCGAUUAUGUAAAGAAUUUUAAGAAUCUUUUCAAUGAAGAGCAAAUAGACCUUAGUAAGAGAGACAACAAAAUAUUUAUCAGUAGCAUGUGAUUACAUGUCUCAGAUCUCACCAAUCCCACCAAACUAUGGGAUGAGUCUUAUAAAUGGACUCUCCUAGUUUAUGAAGAGUUCUUCGUACAAGGGGAUCAUGAAAAAGAAUUAGGACUUCCCGUUGGAGAUCUUAAUGAUCGCAAAUGAAUCAAUUUAGCAAAAUCACAAUGCGGGUUUAUAGAUUUUAUAGUGCAGCCAACAUUUGAAACUUUCACUCUUUUACUACCUAAAGCCCAAUCCCAUGUUGAUCAAGUAAAGGCAAAUAGGGAGAAAUGGAACUCUAUGAUAAAAGAAUGAGAUAAGUUAAGAGAAAAUGGCAAUUUCCUGAUGAAAGAAUUUAUGAAAACAGAGCAAGAAGAAGUAGAUGAUGAUUCUUAUAAGAAAGAUAUGGAAGAUAAUAAGAGAACAGCCGAUGUGCCAGACAAAUAUUAA